GGGCGAGUGCCAAGGGAGGAGGAGGAGGAGGAGAAGGAGGAGGAGGGCAGGACAGCUGGACACGGGCAGCGGGCGCAGCACCCGCCCCGCACUCCCGCAGCACCCAGCGCCCGCACCCCCGCGGGGUUUGGGGGGGGGGGAACCCCCAAUCCCCCCCAAUCCCUCCCCAGGGGCCAUGGGCAUCCAGGGCAUGGAGCUGUGCGCCGUGGCUGUGGUCAUCCUCCUCUUCAUCGCUGUCCUCAAGCAGUUCGGCAUUCUGGAACCCAUCUCUGUGGAAGCAGACAGCGGCGAUGUUGACGUGGAGCUCCCAACCAUCCGGCACCAACCCGAGGGGCUGGAGCAGCUGCUGGCUCGCACCAAGUUCACCAAAACGGAGCUUCAAUCCCUCUACCGCGGCUUCAAGAAUGAAUGUCCCAGCGGCCUYGUGGAUGAGGAGACCUUCACGCUCAUCUACUCRCGGUUCUUCCCUCAAGGCGACGCCAGCUCCUACGCCCACUUCUUGUUCGACGCCUUCGACGCUGACCGCAACGGCGCUCUCUGCUUCCAGGAUUUCGCGGUGGGACUGUCGGUGCUGCUGCGGGGGACAGAGCAGCAGAAGCUGAAGUGGACAUUUGACCUCUACGACGUGAAUAAGGAUGGCUAUGUCACCAAGGAGGACAUGUUGGAGAUCAUGAAAUCCAUCUAUGCCAUGAUGGGCCGCUGCACCGAGCCUGCCCUGGGGACCAGAGUGCCGGCCCAGCACGUGGAGCUGUUCUUCCAGAAGAUGGACAGGAACAGGGACGGCGUGGUGACCUUCGAGGAGUUCCUGGCCACGUGCCAGGAGGACAAGGACAUCAUGAGCUCCAUGCAGAUCUUCCACAACGUGCUCUAGACCCCAGGCCCCCCCCCGGAGUUUUUCUUCUAUUUCAGACAAACAAGAGGUUAAAAGUGAGGAGAAAUCCAGCACGUGUCUCCUGGAGAUGGGAUGGGAUGAGGACGCUGUUGCCACCAGAGCCSUGCCCGAUACGGUGCUGCCACCUGCCAGAUGGACCCGUUUUGGGGGGCUGAGUCUCCCAUCGACAAGGACCCCCUGCCCUGGGCAGUGCAGGGACCAGCACAAACUCGACCCCAGGGCCUCCUGGAAUGGGGACCCCCAGGACAUAGGGCCUGCCUGGCACCUGAGGACCCUCAAAGAUGCCACCCCCCAAGGCAAGGACCCCCAGGAUAUGGGGUCCUCUGGGUCCAUAUUCAGUCAUGUAAUGGAGACCCCAAACACCAACCAAAAGCACACAGUUCCUCCUCUCCCCCAACACUCAGGGGACUCCCCCAUGAAGCCAYAGCCCCCCUCUCCCAGGCACAUGGAGAGAGGAGAUUUUGUAAAUAAACCAAAUAGUGACGAUUUAGGGGUGAAAUGGAGUCGAGGGGGGUGUGACGGAUGCACAAUGCUCCUCUCCCUGUCCUGCUCCCCAUCCCUGUUCCUCCCCGUGUCCCAGUUCCCAUUCUGGUUCUCUGUCCCUCUCCUAGUCCCUGUUCUGCUCCCAUUCCCGGUCUCUCUCCCACUCCGAGUCCCGCUCCCAGUCCCACUCCCAUUCCCGGUCCCAUUCCCAUUCUCGCUCCCAUUCCCAUUCCUGGU